CGUAUGGAAAAUCCAUAAUAUCAUGAAAGACUAAGUGUAAUCAAGGGGCGAAAGCUGUGAUCACCUCUUUUUCCAGCUGAGAUGUUUUAGAUCCCCUUCUUCUUGCCACAAUAUGCAACCUGAGACUCAACGGCGUGGAAAUGACGUCCCAACAUAAGUUUAGGCAAGUCAGCCUAUAAAAGAUGGACAGUCCUUUCAUUACGCCGCCGAGUCCACAGGAGAAAGAGACAGACCUUAGGAGUGGACAGAGCAGAGACACCUUCAAGGGAUUCAGAUCGCACACUUUGUAAGGACUGAGCAGGACAGUUACCGGGCUGCAGCAUUACACUAAGCCCAGACACAGAGGGGUGGAUACAAUCACACCCCUCCUGUGUUUCCUCGGGAGCUGCGUGGGGUGGACACACCAAUGUAAUCGAGGAUCAGGGACCCUCAGGUACAGAGAAACCAAACUGGCGGCACUCUUAGAAUGCAGAAGUCACCGGUGGAAGAUGCGAACUUCCUCUCUAAGUUUGUCUUUUGGUGGAUAUCACCACUAUUGAGGAAAGGUUUCACUAAAAAGUUGGAGCUGACCGAUGUGUAUAAGGUUCCUUCUUUUGAUCUGGCAGACACCCUCUCUGAGAGACUUGAAAGGGAAUGGGACAAAGAGGUGGUGUUGGCCAAAGGCAGGCCCAGGCUUCUGAAAGCACUAGCCCGAUGCUUCUUCCUCCCAUUUGCCUUCUUUGGGGUCCUCCUCUACUUCGGGGAGGCAUCCAAGGCUGUGCAGCCUCAACUUUCAGGUCGCAUCAUUGCUUCCUUUGACCCAGUACAUGCUCCUGAGCGAAGUCAGGGAUACUACUUGGCCCUGGGGCUUGGCCUCCUCUUCACCGCUCGCUUCAUGCUAUUGCAGCCUGCCCUCUAUGGCCUGCAUCACCUUGGCAUGCAGAUUCGCAUUGCCCUUUUCAGCCUUAUAUACAAAAAGACACUCAAGCUAUCCAGUAGGGUCUUGGAUAAGAUCAGCACCGGGCAGCUAGUCAGUCUGAUGUCUGCCCACCUCAACAAGCUGGAUGAGAGCCUAGGUCUAGCACACUUUGUAUGGAUCACACCUCUGCAGUGUAUUUUGUGUACUGGUUUGAUCUGGGAGCUGAUUGAGGUGAACGGCUUCUGUGCCCUGGCAGCCCUGACUCUUCUUGGCAUUCUCCAAGCUUGGCUCUCCCUGAAGAUGGGACCUCCCCGGGCAAAGCGUGCCGGGCUGAUAAACCGACGUCUGGCUCUUACUUCUGAGAUUGUGGAGAAUAUUCACUCUGUCAAGGCGUAUGGCUGGGAGGAAGUAAUGGAAACUAUCAUCAAAAACAUUAGACAGGAUGAAAUGACUCUAACCAGAAAGAUUGGCUCUCUGCGGUAUUUCUAUAGUGCAUCAUACUUUUUCUCUGCCAUAUUGGUUAUCAUAUCAGCCAUUGUGCCAUACGCAAUCAGUAAUGGCAUUAUACUGCGGCGAAUUUUCACCACAGCGUCAUACUGUGUAGUGUUACGUAUGACACUCACCCGACAGCUGCCGGGCUCCAUCCAGAUGUGGUAUGACACCUUGGGACUGGUCCAGAAGAUCGAGGAUUUCCUGCUAAAGGAAGAAUACAAAGUAAUGGAUUAUAGCUUGACCACAGUUGGACUAGAGAUGAUCAAUGUUUCAGCAUCCUGGGAUGAGGGGAUUGUUGAGCUCUUUGAGAAGAUCAAGCGGGAGAACAAAGCAAAUGGACACCUGACUGGUGAUGAUGGACUGUUCUUCACUAAUUUGUAUGUCACACCUGUCCUCAAAAGCAUCAACCUACGUUUAGAGAAGGGCAUGAUGCUCGCAGUGGCUGGAUCUACUGGGUCAGGAAAGAGUUCCCUGCUCAUGAUGAUCCUGGGGGAGUUGGUGCCAUCAGACGGUAAAAUUAAACACAGUGGCCGGGUUUCGUAUUCACCACAAACUUCCUGGAUAAUGCCAGGGACCAUACGUGACAACAUCCUUUUCGGGCUGACUUAUGACGAAUAUCGCUACACUUCUAUUAUUAGGGCCUGCCAGCUGGAAGAGGAUUUUGACCUGCUGCCUGACAAAGAUAAGACACCCAUUGCUGAAGGAGGAGUUACCCUGAGUGGCGGUCAAAGGGCAAGGAUCUGCCUCGCCAGGGCCGUAUAUAAAGAUGCAGACCUGUACCUGCUAGAUGCACCUUUCACCCACCUGGACAUUGCAACAGAGAAAGAGAUCUUUGACAAAUGUGUCUGUAAACUAAUGGCCUCCAAGACUCGUGUUGUGGUCACAUGCAAGUUGGAGCAUCUCAAACGGGCGGACAGAAUAAUUCUGUUGCACAACGGAGACUGCUACUUCUAUGGCACCUUCUCAGAACUACAAGCACAGAGGCCAGACUUCAGCUCCCUCCUGCUUGGAAUUGAAGCUUACGACAACAUCACUGCAGAGCGGCGUGGCUCUAUCCUCACAGAAACACUUCGCAGAGUCUCAGUGGAUGAAACUGCUUGUUUCCGAGGCCCAGACGCCAAUCGUCAGUCCUUCUGCCAUGCACCAUCUCACAGCCAUGCUAUGGGUGAUGGAUAUCCUGAAAAACGCAAGCCAUCACUCAUCCUUAACCCUCUUGUAGCUGCCCGCAAAUUCUCAAAUACUUUCCAAUCCACAACUAUGGAAGAUGGAGUACAUGAACAUUCAGAGAGAAGAUUCUCUGUAGUACCUGAGGAUGAUCAGGUAGAAGAGGUGCUUCCACGGAGUAACCUGUAUCACCAUGGGUUACAGCACCUUAACGGGCGGCGCCAGUCUGUUCUGGCGUUCAUCACCAACGCUCAGGGUCAGGAGCGCAGAGAGCAGAUGCAGUCUUCCUUCAGAAAAAAGCUGUCCAUCACCCCACAGUGUAACUUGGCCUCCGAACUGGACAUCUAUGCCCGACGCUUGUCUAAGGACAGUGUUUUUGACAUUAGUGAGGAAAUGGAUGAAGAAUACAUGGAAGAAUGCUUUGCAGAUGAGCGUGAAAACAUCUUCGAAACUACCUCAUGGAGUACUUACCUACGCUAUGUUUCCACCAAUAGGAGUUUAAUCUAUGUCCUAAUUUUCAUUGUGUUUAUCUUUGCCAUUGAGGUUGGUGGUUGUGUCGUUGGCAUUUUUCUCAUUACUGACGUGAUAUGGAAGGAUGGCGCCAACCCUAGUUCACCCAACCACAUUGAUGAGAAGCACCCUAAUGCCUCAUCGACUCCUGUUCGCCUCAUAGUCACAAAAAACAGCGCUUACUACAUCCUCUACAUAUUCUUUGCUCACUCGGAUAGCAUACUGGCCCUUGGAGUUUUUAGGGGUCUCCCUUUAGUCCACACAUUGCUCACUGUGUCUAAAAGACUGCACGAACAGAUGCUCAGCUCUGUGCUACGGGCCCCUUUGUCUGUGCUCAACACCAUGAAAACAGGGCGGAUAAUGAACAGAUUCACCAAGGACAUGGCCGUCAUAGAUGACAUGCUACCUCUAGUGCUUUUUGACCUCAUACAGUUAACUUUACUUGUCAUCGGGUGCAUCUUCACGGUGUCUAUCAUGAGACCAUACAUCUUCAUAUCUGCAAUACCGCUGGCUAUUGUCUUUGUGGUCAUCAGGAAGUACUUCUUACGAACUGGACAACAACUCAAACAACUAGAGGCUGAAGCUCGUAGUCCCAUCUUCUCUCACCUCAUCAUCUCACUAAAGGGUUUAUGGACAAUUCGAGCAUUUGGACGUCAGACUUACUUUGAGACACUCUUCCACAAAGCUCUUAACACCCACACAGCCACCUGGUUCCACUACCUGUCCACAUUAAGAUGGUUCCUGUUCCGCUGUGAUGUGAUCUUUGUGAUGUUCUUCACCAUCGCUGCCUUCAUUGCUGUAGGAACCAACCAGGACAGAACGGGCGAGAUUGGCAUCAUUGUGGCCCUAGCUAUGCUCAUCCUGGGCACUUUCCAAUGGGCUAUCAUCACUAGUAUCAAUGUGGACGGUCUGAUGCGCUCAGUGGAUCGAGUGUUCAAAUUCAUCGACUUGGCAUCAGAAGAGACAUUGCAGGGAAAACCAGGAGGGAAAGGAGGUUCUGACCUUGUCAUCAACAACUUAAAUGCAUACGGCUACUGGCCUAACCGUGGCCAGCUGGACGUCGAGGGCCUCUCUGUUAGAUACACAGAUGCUGGGCGGGCUGUGCUCAAUGAUAUCUCCUUCUCUGUGGAGGGUGGUCAGAGUGUGGGCCUGCUGGGUCGAACAGGUUCUGGGAAGAGCACCCUGCUGUCCGCUCUGCUGCGCCUCACCUACACUGAAGGUGAAAUAUAUAUUGACGGUGUUUCCUCAAGCUCCAUGCCCAUACAAACAUGGAGGAAAGCCUUUGGAGUGGUCCCACAGAAAGUCUUUAUUCUGACUGGAACUUUCCGGAUGAACCUGGACCCAUACGGGCGUUACAGUGAUGAUGAGCUAUGGCGGGUGGCUGAAGAGGUUGGUUUAAAGUCCGUCAUUGAGCAGUUUCCAGAAAGGUUGGACUUUGAACUGAAGGACGGAGGUAGUGUGCUGAGUAACGGCCACAAACAGCUGGUGUGUCUCGCCCGCUCCAUCCUCAGCAAGGCCCGCAUCCUGCUCCUGGAUGAGCCUUCCUCCUACCUGGACCCCAUAACACUGCAGGUCCUGAGAAAGACGUUGAAGCAGUCGUUCUCUGACUGCACCGUCAUCCUAUCCGAACACAGAGUGGAGCCACUGUUGGAGUGUCAGUCAUUCCUGAUGAUUGAGAAGAGCUCUGUGAAAAGCUAUGACUCCAUUCAGAAACUCAUGAAUGAAAUGAGUCACCUGAAACAGGCCAUCAGCCCUGCUGACCGGCUCCGCCUCUUCCCGGGACCUCACCGUCUGAACUCCAUCAAAAGGCCACAACCACAGACCAUCAAGAUCUCAUCCCUGCCAGAGGAAGCUGAGGAUGAAAUCCAGGACACUCGACUUUAAGGAGCCAGCUACACUCCAACACGCAUGCACACAAGCACAGCUGCAUGUGUGCAUGAAACCCAGACAAUAAGUCAUUAAUGUCUGAAUUAACUGUAAAGAGCAGCACAAACAUGUAGCACUAACGUUUUUAGUAAAAUAUAACUUAAAAGAGGAAAAGAAACAAAACAAAAUAAUUUCUUUUAACACUUUUAAAUACAGCUACACAUUUAAACAGUAUAUCUUUUAACAAUUAAAAACAUGUUUAUUGGUUUUUUUUACAAAUGUUUUUUUAGACUUUACAAACUGGCAUGAAGUAUGUGGCUGAAACACAGUUUUACUGAAAGAAGCACAAUUCCAUCAUUGUGAGAAAUAAGAAUAAACCAAACAUCCUCUAUAAAAAAUUACUUUCUCAGACUUUCUAAUAAAUUAACAUUUCAAAUAUUUCUAAAUUCUGUAUAUGAGGAUAUAGUCUCACCUCAUAAUUAAAUUGGUCUGCCUGAAAUUAAAGAUUGUUUUCUUUAUCAGAGUAUAAAUAAAAAUCACCGAAAUGUAUGGCACUAUUUCACUGACAAUUCACACAAAUAUACCAGCUCGCAUAAACACUUUUGAAUAAUUUGUCUGCAUUUCUAGUAUUACAUCCAUCCCAAAUAUGAUCUUUUAGAGCAAAAUAUGAAGGUGGAGAAUUGAACCUUCUUGGAAAAUAUUGAGAGAAACAAUAUUUAAUCCAUGUCACCCACCAUGGUACAAAACACCUGCAAGUAAUUAUUGAAUUAUGAAUUAGAGGGAACUGAAGCAGCAGGGAGAAAAUCCUGUGUGUAAUGGACCAAUCAGAAGACUUUCCUUCAAGUGACUAACUAGUUUCAAACUGAAUUAUGACUUCUCCAACUAAUUUUGCUUUAACAAAACAAACAUCGUUCAGUGUUUUAGUUUCAGUUUUGUCCAGAAAAAGCAUCACUUAGUGUUUAUAGAAAUAUGGGCUACUUUUUAGUGGAGAUUUUAAACCUUUUCCUCUAACUUAGUGUGAGUAUGAAAGAACCUCCUGAUUUCUUCCCUGGCUUUACAUUUAUAAGGUUCUGCUAAAAACAGAAAGACAAUGAGAGCCAGCAAAGUUGAAAUCUAUAUAUACGAUCUGUUUACCUGCAGCCCUACAGGAAGGCAGAAACCAGACAUGUUUCACUGAUUCUUUCUGUUUCCACUUCAUUCCAAUCAGCUCAACAGGCCUUCAGGACUAUUUCUGCUCUUUGGUCAUUGGUCCCACUGGCAACCUUUCCAGAGUCCAGUGUACAAUGGUCAGCCAUACCAUUAUGACCAGAGACAGUUAAAUGGAAAUACUGCUCAUUUUGCCUUAGCUUAAUGACUUGCACUGAUGGAUCCAGGAAUUUAGUUUCAGCCACAUGCUGCACAAAGUCACAUUCAUCUGGUUAAUAUAUGGUUUGUUUAAAUUUCCGUUCACCAUUUAGAAGAUGUGAAUGAUAGGAAUGUUCUUAGGGAGACUACACCGAUAUCACAUUUAAGGCUUCCUCACAGAAAUCAAAUAGAUGUGUCAUCUGGAUAUUUUAAACAUACAAGCUGAUGUAGUUCAGGCUGCAGAUACCUAAAAUUACAUCUUAAUGUAUUGGGGUCUAUAGAGAGUAGGUUGUGUUUGAAGCCAGUGUCUAGUGUCCACCUUCCAACUUUCCUCCUUCUGGUCUUUCAAACUCAAGCUGAUCUGCUCAAAAAGCAAGCAGGUUCAUGCUGCUAAUUCAGACUGUUAAAGCUGGGUUUGCUAAAUAAUGAAUGAACUGGUGAGAGAGGCCUGACCACAGAAACGUGUCACACUGUGUUUAUGUUUCUGGUAAAACUGCUAACGUCACGCAGCCGAACUGAAAAUCAACAGAAAAUAAUUAACUCCAUAAAAUGGAGCGUGAUCAGAGUUUAACCUCUGCACUCCUUUGUGUUUUACAUGGAACUGUUUUCUGAUUAUCUAUGUCAGGACCUACAAUUAGUCUUCCUGACCCGAUAAGUAGGUUCACUGCUGUCAGCACACACACCAUCUAGCCAUGACGUUGUUGACUGAUGCAAGUAAUGAGUGCUGACUCAAACACCCAUAUUUUUCUAUUUGUAUGCACUUUACAGACACCCUGAGGUACUCUCAUCAGCUCUUACAGUGGAGAAUAAGUCAAGUGAUGAAAUUCUGCACAGAAUAUUUUAAUCAAAUCUUUGAAAUCAUUCCAUCCUUAAAGUUUGAACUGUUGUUCUUAGCCAAUGUGUCUUGUGUUGUGUAGACUUUUCUAAUAGGAAGCAAUCAUUUCUUUUUAAAGUAGUCUGCUCUUUAAUUCAAGUUGGAAGCCAUUUUGGCUCUUGAAACACAAUUGUUUCUUUUUUUGUUGAGAAAACAUCUUACGUCUUUAAUACUGAAUCUUUGCGAAGCAGCUGUGGAUAAACUGAAGGUACAGUGGAGAGGAGUCUUGUGACAAAUGUGUUUUUAUAUAUUCUAAGUAAAAAAAAAAAAACGUUUAUUACUCAUAGGAAAGGGACUCACAUGUCCAAAGAACUGUAUAUGUUUUUGUCGAAUCAGCUGUAUUUGGAGUAAAACUAGAUUUUGACUGUG